AGUCAGUUCUCUUUCAAUCACAGACAAUGUUCGGAAUAAUACCGUUGAUCGUUAUACCGUGUGUCUUCGCGUCACAAAGCAUUUUUGCAACGGAAAGUUUUUUUCCCAGUGACCAAGUGGAGGUUUUCUCAAAUACCCCGGAAAUUAUGGGGCGAAUUGAGAAUUUUCCGAAUAGAAACGAACCUUUCAGAAGAUUUUUGAAAAGCUACAAUUCAUUAAGGCCUAUUGGUGUGUUGAUAGAUGAUACAAAAGAAAGUUCUGUGGCGGCUACAGAGUUCAUGAAAAACAUUUUCAAGGUCGCUGCUGGUGCCAAGCAAAUCACUUUCAGCGUUUUAAGAUUCAACAGCACAGGUUCCGCGCCAAUAUUAGAAAUAAAAGGUAGCGAUACCGAGCAGCUUUACAACGCACUUUCGUACAGAACCCGAGAUCAAAACCUUGAACUAGGAGUUCCACAGCCGUUGGGAGCUGUUGCUUUCUUCGCUACCCUACAAGCUGCCGCAGCUUUACCUAUAGAUAGCGCCAUCGUUAUUUUCAUUGAUAGAAAAAUUAAUGAUGAAGACCUGGCAGGACACACAGCCAUUAUCAAGAAGAAAAAUAUCAGAGUAUAUGUAAUUUGGGGAGGACCAUAUCCAACAAAAAACAAUGAAGAACGUUUAUUGCAGGAACUAUGUUCCUACUCUGGCGGUUUGUUUUUAUUUAAUAAUAUUAAGGAUUUGUCAGGUUACAAUUACAGAAAUUUCAUUAGUGGUAGUCACCAAGAUUUGAACACUUCGAUUAUAUUUGCAAAAUCAAAUAUCACAGAUGAUUCCACAUUCAAUUUUCCCAUUGAUUCAGAAGUCGUUUUUAUACACAUAAUAUUAACUCCUGCAGAUGUUGAAGGAAUACUCACAACUUCAACAGGACAGCGCGUGACAUUAACGGACAAUGAUGACAUUGCAUCGUAUGGAACUGGAUCAUUCGGUUUUACAGAACGAGGUCAACGAGAAAUUUUUCUGGAUGCGACGCAAGGAGUCGGAGUUUGGAGUCUCCACGUCAUAACAUCGUCCUCGAUUCCCUGCAAUGUGAAGGUUUAUGCACGCACCAGGCUGACGGCGCAGGCGUAUUUUGUAAGAGAAAAUACAGAUAAUGCACUUCAAAACAAAAUGAAAAUAUUGAAACUAGAUUUUACGGGAGAUUUACGAACAGUUGAAAACAUUAGCUUUAUCAGUAAUGAUGGAGAAAUAUUGUCAAACAAUCUAAAAUAUACUAUAAUGAAGGACAUGUUACUUAUAAAAAACAACAAACGCAAACAGCUAGAUAUUGAACUCACCAACGUGACGCACAAAUCGUUCCAAGUACAAGUGGAAGGAACUGACGGAAAAGGCAAUCGUUUUUCUCGGUUAACCUAUGUAAAUGACUACAGCUCAAAUAAUAUAUUCCCUCAACCUGUGUUAUCAGUAGAUGUAGGAGUAAGUUCAGAGCUUAUUAUCCCUAAUAGUAAAACGGCUGUAAUUACAUUUGAAGUGACGAACUUGAGAAAUUCAGCAGCUGACACCCGAUUUUACUGCAAAGAUGAGAAGUCUAUUCUUGGUAGUAUGCAGCCUUACAGAACAAUUAUUAGUCCACAAGCAACAGCAAUCGUAACUCUGAUACUAUCUAUAAGAUACGGAAUUUAUCAAGAUUUGAUAACAUUUACAGCAGCUGUAGGAUCAGAGUAUGUUGAGAAAAGAGUUAUAGUUGAUGUGGGAUCACAACUAACGAACGACAAUGUCGAACCCACUUUGGAUUAUACGUAUCUUAGUGAUUGUGCCAAAGUUAUAUUCUCAAGUUGUGAUCAAGGCACUUGGACUAUAGAGGCUAGAGCUAGAGAUCAAGGUUCAGGUUUAUUACAAUUAACAUCAAAUCCCAAAGGCUUGAUAUUUCAAGAAGGAUUCACCACAGGUACCAAAGAAGAAGUUACAGGCACAUACAGUGACUCAUGUUGCAAUGCUGACAUACAACUUACUGCUACAGAUAGACUGAACAAUCGAAAGACUGUAACAGCUAACGCUUACCGUGCAAUGUGGGGACCAGGACAAAUAGCAGCAUUAAUCUUAGGAAUUCUACUCUUUUUACUACUACUAGUACUAGUCAUUUAUCUAAUUGUAAAAUGUGUGAAAAAAAGAAAACAGUAUGAUCUUCCUACAUAUAGAGGAGGACGUAUAUGACAAUUAAUCAACUCUAUUAGAGAUGAACAAAAAUUUUGGUACUAGAAUAAUAUGAUACAUUAGUUUCCAGGUUAUAGGCCGUGGUUUGUAAUUAUUUCGCCAGCCCUGUAAUUAUGCUGCAAACAUUAUCAAACACGAUGAGGCAAACGUCGGAGCUAUAUCCAGCACGGGAGAUGAACGCUGACCGAAACAGGAAGAAAUAGUUUCAUAUAGCGGCUUAUAAUCCCAAAAACCAAUGUACCAUUACACGACAAAAGCCGUGAAAUCCUACACUAAUAUAAUGGCCAUACAUUUUUAAUUUGUAAGCAUCUUUGAUUGUAUAUGAGGUAGAAAUAAAAUAUAAAUAUAUG